AUGGCGGCCUCCUGUUCCAUCGUGUGCUGUAACGAAGAGGAGGUUUCUGAUAAAGCUGUUGUUGUGCAAUUCUCAAAUGGAAGCGUUGAAGAUCCGGACCAGCUUCACUUUUCUGUGUUCAAAAAUACAGAUGAAAGAAACCCUAGGAAGAAAUCCAGGCGCAUAUUGGUUGCUGAAUCGGAUAGAUUGGCAUAUGUGGGUGACAACUUUGGACCUGGUUCCAUGAAAUGUAAUAAUAUAUGCAAAUAUUAUGUUGGAGUGUUGAACAAAGAAACAAUGCAAAUGGAGAUGCACAAUGCUCAGCUGUUCCAUUUGCAACCAGUUAUUCCAGGAGAAACUGAUUCUGAAAAAUCUCUGGAUACAAAUCUGACCUAUAGAGAAAAGGUUGACUCCCUGAUUGAAGCUUUUGGUACAAAUAAACAAAAGAGAGCCCUGAGUUCUCGGAGACUGAAUCAGGUCGGAAGUGAUGCUCUGCAUCAUGCUGUGGACAAAGCAGCUGACACUGUAAUUGAACUGAAAGGUCUUGAAGCCCUUCAACAAGAAGUGGCAGAAAGUGAGAGCCAAGGAGAUGUUGCAUUACACCUACCCCCCUCUAAUGCACAGGCUGAUAUACCAGAAAAUGUGUAUGAAUUUGAGAGUCUUUUGUCUUCGGCGGACUUGGAGGCUUUGAGAGAUGUUGGAGCCAAGAUGGCCGCACUCAGUCCAGAUGAAAUGCAGAAGAUGAAGGAUGCAGGGGGGAACCUUUGUGUCAUUAAGCACUUGGAAAAUCUACCACAAAGUGUUGAAGCCCGAGAAAGAAUUCUAUGUUGUUCUUUCUACCUUUCUAUGCUCAUCCAUCUGGCUCGAGAAAGACGCAUUAACCGGAAAUUUGGACAAGAGUAUGGAUGCCCACGUAGUAUUCAGAACAAACUGUUGAAGACUUUUACAGUGGAGACUUACAAAAAUGGAAGUGUCCAGAAUGUCAUUCCUGCUUCAAUGCGUGUUAAAGUGGCAGCGUAUAGCUUAGCUCUGCUACUGCAUAUGAAUUUUAUGUCAGCCAAUCUAACACUACUGCACCGUGAUCUGGGAAUUACAGAGGCCAGAAUGAUUGAGGUGGCCAAAUCAAUGGGGUUAACCCUGAGCAAGUCAUCAAAGGCCAAAGGAGAAGCUUCUUUGGAUGACUACAAGUAUGCAACCCUCAAUUUACCUCUGGUCAAACAUGAUAAGUUCACCAUGCAACGGAAACGAAGGAAAAUGCGUUGA